CAAAAAAUGAAAUAUUUGAAUUUUAUUAAGGAGAAUAUAUUGCCCACGGAAGAAUGUGUUGAUUUAGAAACAAAAUGGCAUAUGGAAGAAAUGGCAAAAAGAAACGCGACAAAUUUCUUCCCAGCACUAUAUGGAAUGAAUCCUAGAGAAUUACGUAGACGUGUAGCAUCUAAAUUGACUGAUAAAAUAUGUGUCGUGAGCAAUAAAACUGUGGUGGAAAGUGGGGAUAGUGGUGGACCUCUUUUGGUAAUUUUAUUUGAAAAAACUUUUUGGUUAUUUGAUUACUUAAAAAUAUUAUUUUUUGAAGUUAUCUUCUGCCCCAGGCAAAUGGACACAAAUUGGAACACUGACCGGUGGCCCAUGUCACGGAAAGGAUGCACCAAUGCAUGGUAA